AUGGAAGUCAACAAUUGGCAUAACGAUCUUACAUAUGAUAAUUGGGUACCUAUUACUGUAUCUGGUGCACGUCCUCCCGCUCGCUACAAGCAUGCAGCAGCAGUAGUUGAUGAAAAAUUAUACAUUGUUGGUGGAAGUCGUAAUGGCCGGCAUUUAUCAGAUGUUCAGGUUUUUGACUUGAGAAGUUUGACGUGGUCUUCUCUAAAGCUAAAUGCUGAUACUGGAAAAGAUAAUGACAACAGUUCACAGGAAAAUCUGCCAGCCACAUCUGGUCACAGUUUGAUUAGAUGGGGGGAGAAACUACUUAUUCUUGGUGGCAAUUCAAGGGGUUCUUAUGAUACAUUAACAGUUCUAUACAUUGACAUUGGAACAUGCCAGUUUGGAGUUAUUAAGACUUCUGGAAGUGUUCCGGUACCCCGUGUGGGACAGUCUGCAACUCUGGUUGGUUCAAGAGUGAUAUUGUUUGGUGGGGAAGAUAGGAGCAGGAAGCUGUUGAACGAUGUCCAUGUUCUUGAUCUUGAAAGUAUGACUUGGGAUAUAUUAAAGACUUCGCAGACACCUCCAGCUCCUAGAUAUGAUCAUGUAGCUGCUAUGCAUGGUGAACGAUACCUUAUGAUUUUUGGUGGUUGCUCUCAUUCUGUCUUCUUCAAUGAUCUUCACUUAUUAGACCUGCAAACUAUGGAAUGGUCUCAACCACAAUCUCAAGGUGAUUUAGUAUCUCCCAGGGCUGGACAUGCUGGUAUAACUAUUGAUGAAAGCUGGUUCAUAGUUGGUGGUGGCGAUAACAAAAAUGGUUGCCCCGAAACCCUGGUCUUAAACAUGUCUAAUCUUGUUUGGUCAGUAUUGGAUGUUGUGAAGCAAAAAGAUCCACUUUCUAGUGAGGGUCUUAGUGUCUGCUCAGGAUUGAUUGAUGGUGAAACAUAUUUGUUUUCUUUUGGUGGUUACAAUGGGAAGUAUAGCAAUGAGGUUUUUGUUAUGAGACCCAAGGCAAAGAACACUUUGCGUCCCAAGAUUUUCCAGUCACCGGCUGCCGCAGCUGCAGCAGCUUCUGUUACUUCUGCUUAUGCAUUGUCUAAGUCUGAGAAGUUGGAUUUCACGCAACUAGAUGUUACAAAUCCCAAGUCAUCUGCAAAUGGUCAUCAUCAAGAUGAUGUCACAGUUAAAAUUGAAGCCACUAAAGAAGAAAAGCGCUUAUUGGAACUGUCAGUUGCAGAAGUCAGGGCCGGAAAUUCUAAGCUUGGAAGUGAGAUACAUGAAGUAAAUAGUACUCAUGCUGAAUUGACCAAGGAACUCCAAUCAGUUCAGGCACAACUUGUGGCUGAGAGAUCGAGAUGCUUUAACCUGGAGGCCAAAAUUACAGAACUCCAAAAGCUGCUUGAAUCGAUGCAGUCUGUGGAAGAUCAGGUACAGGCUCUUCGGCAAAAGAAGUCUGCUUUUGACCAGGAGAUGGAGCAUGCUGCAACUGCUCAGAGGCAGAGUUCUGGUGGAGUUUGGCGAUUGUUUGGUGGGAGUGAAAAAUAA